AUGAAGAAACUGGAUACUAAGAGUACAGAGUUGAUACUGGGAGGCGGUAGCGGCCUUGCCCAUGGGCAGGAGGCCGUAGUGCUCUGUAGCCGCAACCGCUCACCUGGUGUUUUCUUUUCUUUUUUUUCAGUACCAGGUGUUGCUGAAUUUGCUGCCUCCUUCAAAAGUCCUAUUACUAGUUCUCCUCCCAAAUGGAUGGCUGAAUUAGAAAAUGAUGAUAUUGAUAUGUUAAAGGAGUUGGGGAGCCUCACUACUGCUAACCUGAUGGAGAAGGUUCGAGGCCUGCAGAACCUGGCUUAUCAGCUGGGACUGGAUGAAUCUAGAGAAAUGACUCGAGGGAAAUUCCUCAACAUCCUAGAAAAACCCAAGAAGUAGCUGCUGCUUCUGGAGUUUGGACAAAAAUACCGCAGCUGGAUCAUUUUAUGUACUGUGGAUCCAGAUGAACUACAGAACUUCUAAGGAGGAGAACAAAGCUCUUGCUCUAGAUCUUCAGAAGCAAAUGUCUCUAUUGCUUCCACAGCUUGUCUUGUAACUGGGGAGAAGCAUUCUGUAUGCAGGUCACAAGGAUUGCUACAAAUUCCGUUGGAAUUCAGCCUUUAUCUGACGUUAAAAUAUCCAACAGGAAGGCUCAGCCCUGACGUGCUGGGACAAAGUUAUCUGCCAAUUUUUUUUGUCCCCUAUUCAAAGUGAACAGCCCCAGGGGCCCCACUGAAUUGCUCUCAGUGGCCACCCCUGUUUGAAAUACAUAACAGAUCUUUUAUGACAGUGGCCAGCGUGGCAUCAUGAUGCACUGGCCCUUUCGUGUGUCCCUUGUUCUAGAUGCAUUGGUUUCCUACACGCAGUUUCUAUGUUGGAAGAUUUAAAGUAGAGUUUGGUGUGUAGACUGACUGAUAGUGUUCUAGCCUUGGCUCUUCAGGAGCGUACACUUCUUGUGUAGAAGUUGAGUGCCAUCUGUGUAUUAGAUUCCAGUCACUGCCUUCAGAGAAGCAAAUCUGAUACUCAGAGGAGGACCUUCAGGCAUUCACUUCACUUUGCUUGCAUCAAGUGUUGUGUGUACCAGAAGCUGCUUCUCACCACUGGACAGUUCUCUUGUGAAAUCUAGACUGACAGACCACAGGAAGGAGAGGUGUGAAUGUAUCACGAAGGAAAAUAUCUCUAUAGAAGCUUUGGCCAGUGCAUUUAAAAAAAAAAAAAAACUUUAUCAGUCCACUGCAAAUCUCAAUUUACUUCUUAUGGAGCUAGAAAAAGAAGAAAGUUAGAAAGAGAAGAAAGUUAAAAGGCUGAAAGGCAAUAAUGCUCUCCUUUAGAGAGAGCUCCAAGAAGUGGCAACAGGCUUGUUAGCUCCACUGCAAGGACAGUCUGCUUAAAUAUAAGCUUCGCACUUUUGAAAAUAGUAUUCCUUGAUGUUUUCCAUUAUACUAGAAACACCAGCCUCAAAAUUUGCUUCACCUACAAAGAUAGGAUUUUGAAAAGAGAAUUUUCUGGUAUCUGAUGUCUUUUCUUUCUAUUGAUGCACUUCUGUAUAUUCAUCCCUGAGAGGAGGUAGGGAGCAUGUUCGGAUAGUUUAUUUAAGAGAAGAUUUUUUUUUUUUAUUUCAUCCUGUUUCCUUUUCCUAGAAAAGAGCAUUUUAAGCAUUAGUAAAUAGGUUCUUUUUAGGAUAAAAACAUAAUACUGAAACACUGGAUGAAGAACAGUGGUGUAUGUGUGUGUGUGUAUAUAUAUAUACCUUUCAAUUGGCUGUCAGGCAAGGGUUGCUGUUUUGCAUAUAUGGUCAUCUUGGGGACCUACAAGCUGCUUCUGCUUGCAUCCCAGCUUCCCUUGCCAAGGCUUUCUUGACUGUAGUGAGGGGGCAGGUCCAAGGCAGAGAUGGGGAGUCAGGUCAGGAGGCCGGGGACAGGGUCAGGUCAGCACCCGAGGGUCAGGACCGGGCACAGGCAUGUCCAUGACAUAACUCAGGCCAGGCCCAAGGACAGGGGCAGCAGCUCCCCAGCAAGGGGGAGGAGGCCCCA